GUUGGUUUUCUGACCACCUUGGGGUUUUGCGCUCGGCCAUUUUUUUUUUUGCUCCCAGUUAUUCUCUUAAGACAGAAAAUGAUGUUUUUCAUCCUUCUGGUGGUUUCUUUGAUGAGUUUUCUGUGCGACUUCCAGGUCUCCAGUUGUGACGAACACUGUGCAGAUAAGCCCGUGUUCACCCCACCCAGGCUGGUGGUGAAGCAUGGCGACCCCACCAGCGCCACCUGCUCCGUGUGCCAGUCCACCUGUCGCGACGACGUGUUUGACGUGGAAAAAGCUCUGGGAGUCCUUACAAAAAACGGAACCACCAUUUUAUGGACGGUGGACAGAAUGACUGAGUGGGACACAUCUGCCCUGUGCUUUUAUAGGAAUGCUUCUGAUUACCAGUGCUGCAGCGUCCUGCCUGUAAUUGCAUACAAGCCUCCAGACGGCGUGUCCAUCGGCCUCCUUGAUCACUCUGGGCCGAUGUUUGAGGGCCAUCAUUACACCCUGCAGUGUGAAGUACAGCGCGUUGCCCCCGUUGGAAACCUCGCCGUGACCUUCUACAGGGGGCAGACGCCACUGGGUCAACCACAGUACAAGAACAGCACAAACAAGAAACCAGUGACUGAGAUCUUCACUCUGAGCAUCAGCCCCAGUAGAAAGGAUGAUGGAGUCCAGUACUGGUGUGAGGCCGAGCUUGAACUGGGACCUGGAGGACCACAGCGCCCUCCGGUGGCGGUGUCGCAAAAGCUCACCGCCACCGUCCACGGUUUGGAGUCAACCUCGACCGGAUUGCCGCCAACAACCGCAACCUCGGCUUCAGAAACUAUAUCAACAGCGCUAACCGCACAGAUUCACAAGUUUGGAAUGUGUUUCAUGCUUUUACUCCCCGUUCUGAACGCCCCCCCUCCUCCUCCUCCUCCUCCUCCUCUGUUUAACGUCGAGCUGAGACCGCGAACCUCAUUUACUGCUGCGCUCUCACGUCGUUUCGGUUUCAGACGGACUCUCCCCCGAGCAGCCGCGGGGCUCAGCCAUUUCUCGGACGAGGCGAUGUUUUACCCUUUUAUCUUUUUGGUUGCUUGUCUGGCGAAUCUGCUGCGCGACUUCCAAGUGUCCAGCUGCGACGAACACUGUGCAGAUAAGCCCGUGUUCACCCCACCCAGGCUGGUGGUGAAGCAUGGCGACCCCACCAGCGCCACCUGCUCCGUGUGCCAGUCCACCUGUCGCGACGACGUGUUUGACGUGGAAAAAGCUCUGGGAGUCCUUACAAAAAACGGAACCACCAUUUUAUGGACGGUGGACAGAAUGACUGAGUGGGACACAUCUGCCCUGUGCUUUUAUAGGAAUGCUUCUGAUUACCAGUGCUGCAGCGUCCUGCCUGUAAUUGCAUACAAGCCUCCAGACGGCGUGUCCAUCGGCCUCCUUGAUCACUCUGGGCCGAUGUUUGAGGGCCAUCAUUACACCCUGCAGUGUGAAGUACAGCGCGUUGCCCCCGUUGGAAACCUCGCCGUGACCUUCUACAGGGGGCAGACGCCACUGGGUCAACCACAGUACAAGAACAGCACAAACAAGAAACCAGUGACUGAGAUCUUCACUAUGAACAUCAGCACCAGUAAAGAGGAUGAUGGAGUCCAGUACUGGUGCGAGGCCAAGCUAGAGCUGGGACCCGAUGGACCGCAGCAUCCUCCACUGGUGUCGUCACAAAAGCUCACCGCCACAGUCCUCUAUAAGCCCCAGUUAGAGGAACCGUCACAUCCUGAUCCAAUCACGGUCACAGAAGGGUACCCGCUACAACUGAACUGCGUGGCUGUGGGAAACCCCAGCCCCUCGUACACUUGGAUAGUCCCACCACCCGUUCUCCCGCCCUCCAACAGCAGUGUUCUCACUAUCAGAUCCGCAGGUUUUGAGAACGGAGGCCAGUACAUCUGUAAUGUCAGCAACAACCUGGGGGCAGUCAAAGGGAUUUUUAAUGUGACUAUCAAAGCCAACAUCAUCCCAUACAUUAUAGCCGGGGUACUAAUAGCUGGUCUUCUGGUUAUCUUCGGCCUGACGAUGGGCGUCAGGCGUUACUACAAACUUCACCGGACGGGACGGUACAAUCUGAAGGACGUUUUUCGUUUUAAUGCACAACACGUUGCAUUGCCCACUACGGAGUAAGUCCGUGGGAAGGUGUGAAAUCGGUAUGGACAGUAUUCAUGGACAGUUGGAGCAGCUGUUUUAUGGUUAGCUGCAGAGUUUAAGGUGCCGACCAUCAACUGUAACGUCCGAGGUUUGAGCCUGGCCGGGGGCCUUUGUUCCAUCUCUCUCGCCUUCAUUUUCCGUCAUCUGUCUAGUGACGCUAUCUGAUGCGAUGAUGAUGAAAGAAAAUGCCCAACAUAACGUGAUUAAAAAAAGAGCCGAGGUCCUCUUUCGACUUGUGUAACAUAAGUACUGAGUGGACCAACGACUGAAUGGUCACUUCCUCUCCUAUACCCAACUGUUGUGUUUGCAGGAGCUUCGGUUUAAUGUUAGGCACAGCUGUAUUUAGCCUAAUCCCACCAGAAGUCUCUGUAUCUCAAGUUUAACACAGAUAAGCUUAGGGUUUAGGCCACAGACGGAACGGUGAAAGGAAGCAGCACAGAAGUAAUUUUCCAUUUCAAUUAAGCCACCUUAGGGCUCACUUAAGUUUUAUAAUUGUGGGUUUUUUUUUUGGUAAACAAUUACCACAAAAUAAUUGCCACACAGACACCUGGGGUCUUUGAGGCCCAUGAUGCUGUGGAGCCCCACGACAGUUGCCUGCUUUACCUGGUUGGUGAUCUAGUCUUGAGUAAGAUAAGCUCACUGUUUAGGGUUUUUCCAUGGGAACUGAGUAAGAAAAAUAUAGAAUAUCACGAGUCUUGUGCUUGAACUCAUGUACAGCCUCGAUUUCGGUCCGGACACAAUGGGCCUGUGGUUCUCAGUAGGUUUGUCGUUCAAGAAAACACUUCUGCUCUUGUAUCUCUGUUGUCAUUUCUGCAUCUUACUGUCGUCUGUUUGUAUUUCUGAACUGUCACCUUAAUGGUUUUAGAACGUCGUGCCUCUGACAAACACUGGCACAUUUAGAGAAAAAUUCAUUAGAUUAAUGUCUAUUUUUAAUUUCUGUUUCAAAGAAGUUUUAGGACCAGUUUCACGUAAACUUAAAAACUACAUUCAUGCUAACAUAUUUAUAUAUUGUUCAUUUGUUGAGGUGAACUUGCUGUUAUACUGUUUUUCACUAUUUUAUUUUGGUCAUGAUACUGAAAAGACUUUUGUACUUUAUUUAGAGAAGUGGUACAUAUAGUAAGUUCCAUAUUUUGUUAAAAUCCUAACACUGAACUUCACAGCCUUGUGUUAAACCCGCUUAAAGCCGGAGCAUGACCUUGCAAUAACCCACAGCCACUGAUUCAUCAGCAGUUCCUUUGUGUAUGCGCUUAUACUCCGGAUAUGUCUAUGUGUGUGCACUUUGUUGUUGCACAAGCUGAGUGACAAUAGAAAAGAGGAAUUUCUACAAGCGAAAUCUGUAUCAUAAUGAAUUUCACAAUGGAAUUCCAAUAAAGAAUUAUACACUGUGAAUAAGUUUAUUUACAAAGCAUGAAUAAAUGGUAUCAUUUCCCAAUCCCUCUCAUUGAC